AUGGACAUGACCAUUGCAGUCCACCUCAUGGCUAAGCAGUCUCCUUUUCCCGAUGCUCUAAUCUCCGCCCUCGAGACUGGUGCGGAAUCCUUCCUCGCCAUUUGCGGCCCCCCGGAAAUACUUCGAGAUCCGCCUCGACCUCGCCCUGGCUAUCCAGGGCGUCAACUCUUUCGUGGCGUCGUCUUCACUGUCCAGUCCACGGCCGGCGCCGUCAUUGACAGGAAGCUUGCGCGUAUGGCCAUGACAGUACCGCUCAUGGGAUUUGUCCUGACUUGGGUGCGAGGUAAGCGCUGUCUCUCGGGGCUAGAAUGA